AUGAAAAUGAGUAGAUGGUGGGUCAUCAGGAGAGGGCUCUUCAGGAAGAGGAAAGCUCCUUUGUUGCAGGCCUGUGGGCAGCAGUGUGCGGGCAUGCAUGCCCACACACACACACACACACGCCUGAGUGACUUCCACAUAUAAAUAGCGCCUCUCUGGCCCUCUGUAGGAGUCCUGAAAGAGAAGCCUCCCGUCCAAACCUGCAGGAGUUCCAGCUGAGGCCACAGGAGUUCAGGCCCACUCUGAACACGGAGCCCUUCUCCAGGUUCUUUCUCUCCCAUCCUGAUUCUUGCCACCGGAUGCAGGACACUGUCCUCUCUCUGUGUGAUGGCAUGCUCACGGACCUGCUCCCAAAUACUGGGGCUGAGCCUCGGGACUACAGCCCUGUUUGCUGCUGCGGCCAACACAGUGCUCCUCUUUCCUAACUGGGAUGUGACCUACCUGUUGAGGGGCCUCAUUGGCAGGCAUGCCAUGCUGGGCUCUGGGCUCUGGGGAGGAGGCCUCAUGGUUCUCACUGCAGCUACCCUCAUCUCCUUGACGGGCUGGAGAUAUGGCUGCUUCAGUAAGGGUGGGCCCUGCCGAAGUAUGCUUACUGCUCUGCUGUCAAGUGGCCUGGCUUUUCUUGGAGCCUUGAUUUGCUUUAUCACUUCUGGAGUAGCCCUGAAAGAUGGUCCUUUUUGCAUGUUCGAUGUUUCACCGUUCAAUCAGACACAGGCUUGGAAACAUGGUUACCCAUUCAAAGACCUGCAUAACAGGAAUUAUUUGUAUGACCAUUCACUCUGGAACUCUGUCUGCCUGGAGCCUUCUAAAGCUGUCAUUUGGCACGUGUGCUUCUUCUCCACCCUUCUGUGCAUCAGCCUCCUCCAGAUUCUCCUGGUGGUCAUUCAUUUCAUCAACAGCUUCCUGGGCCUUUUCUGCAGCCUCUGUGAGAAGUAACAGAGGAAAAGGCCAUGUGAAGACACAGCCAGAAGGUAGCCAUCUGCAAGCCAAGGAGAGAGGCCUCAGUAGAAACCAACCUUGUUGGCACCUCGAUCGUGGAUUUCCAGCCUCCAGAAAAUAAAUUUCCAUUGUUUAAGCCACCCGGUCUGUGGUAUUUUGUUAUGGCAGCCUGAGCUGACUAAUCCACCAGUGUUCAGUGCAGUUCAAUAAGUGGUAUAUACUGAGUGUCCACUGUGUGCUCGGCACUGCCAUGCAUGCUGUGAAUUCAAAAAUGACUGAGACAUGGUCCUUGCCCUUGGGCCCUGCCCUGUCCUUGAAGAGCUCAUGGUCAUAUUAGGGAAACUCAUCUACUAAUAAUUUGAAUGUCAUAUGGUAGGGACCAUGUUAGAGGUCAACCCAGGAUGUAAUGAGAGCUUGAAAGAACCAGGAACCUCUAAGGAGAGGAUCUGUGAGAGAUGAAGGAAGGCAUCAGUCAUGUCUGAACUGAUUCUUGAAAUGGUUACCCCAGCAAAGAGGGAAGGAAGCAUUUUCCCAGCAGAGGAAAUAGAAGCUCAAAAGGGGAGACACAGGAUGGUGUGGGUGGAGAACUGUGAUGCCACAGCUCCUUCAGUGUGGAAUGUGGAAAGCAGAGCACCUCCCUCUCUCCUGUUUUGGGAUCUUUGUUCAGGAUGCAUGUUGGGGGAAUUUCUUCCUAGUUUUUGAAGCUGGCAGGAUAAUACAGCUUUCUAAAACAGGACCAGGACUGGUGCUCAUAAGCAGGAAAGGCAUCCUAAGUCUGCUCCUUCCUGACUUUUGCCCUGGAGCAGGAGUGUGGUGAGGCUGGGGGAACUGCAGGUUGGCAGUUAUGGAUUAGAGCAGGACACUGCAAACUUUUUCUGUAAAGGCCCAGAUAAUAUAUUUUU